AUGGAUGAGUUCAGGAUAAGUUUGGACUGUCCUGGCAUUGCAGACAAGCAAGGUCAUCAAAGAAGCAAAAACCAGAUUUGUCAAAAGGUAGUUGCAGGAAAUGCUGAUUUUGCCUUCAAAUUAUACCACCAGGCUGCUCUGGAGGAUCCUGGCAAGAACAUUUUCUUUUCUCCACUAAGCAUUUUCACUAUCCUUGCAAUGGUCUCCAUGGGGGCUGAGUCUGCCACUGCAAAUAACCUUUUUUCAGUUCUUGGUCUGAACCAUUCAGAGAUCAGUGAGCAAGAAAUACAUGAAUGUUUUCAUCAUCUCUUCCAAAUUCUGAACCGCAAUAACUCUGAAAUUGAGAUGAGUAUUGGAAAUGUUCUUUUCACAGACAAGAAAUGGCAGCCACUAGCGAAGUUCUUGAAUGAAUCCAGACUUUUCUACCAGGCUGGAGUUCUUCCAAUAGACUUGAAAAAUUGGACAGAAGCCCAGGCCCAGAUCCAAUGCUACCUGAAGAAGAAAACCCAAGGGAAAUUUGUAGAUGUGAUCCAGGAUCUUGAUCCAGAGGAUGUCACGGUCCUUGUAAACUAUAUUCUAAUGAAAGUCUCCUGGGAAAAUCCUUUCAGUCUUCUGAAUGCUCAAGAAGAUUUCUUCUUUGUGGAUGAAGACACGAAAAUGAAAGCUGAUAUGAUGAUGAAAGAUGGCUAUUUUAAGAGUUACUAUGAUAACAGACUGUUCUGUGAGGUGGUUGAGAUCCCCUACAAAGGCAACAUUUCAGCACUGUUCAUUCUGCCUGAGCAAGGAAAAUUGAAACUGGUGGAAGAGGCACUGGGAAAAGAAAUUUUUCUAAAAUGGAUGGGCUUAUUGAAACUACAGAGAACAAGUGUGUCUCUCCCAAGGAUUUCAUUGUCUGAAAGUUAUGAUGUCACAGAGAUGUUUAAAAACCUGGGUGUUAUUGACCUUUUCAAAGAGAGAGCAGAACGAUCUGGAAUUACUGGGAAACAUGAGCUGAAGGCAGACAUAACCCCUUUCGAGCAGGUCUGCCUCAGAAUGGGGUAUGCACCCUAG